GGAAAAGUAGGAACACAUUUUAUUAAUUGUUUACCGGGAAAAGAUGUUUUAUCAGUUUCAGAGUGAGUUUAUACCCUACGCAUACGUGAAUAAAAAGACCAAACCCAAGCCUUUUUCUUGUUUUCCAUUUUUAUUAUUUAUCUCUCUAUCUUUUCUUUCUCCUAUUCUCUCUCUUUUAUGAAUGACCAAACUGGUUUUCUCACUCCCAAUUCUUCUUUCUAUACUGCUUAAUCAGGAACAGAUCUCAGGCAUUGACAUAAUUUUCUGGUAAAUUAAGGGUAAUGGGUUUACUUUAAAGCAGAUUUAGGUUUUUGGGGAGAAAUAAUUUGGUCAAUGUCUCCUCCAACAACCCACAACAAAACAGAAACACAACAAAAUUAGAGAAUAAAUAGUGGGUUUUAUUUAUAAAAUAAAAUUUUCCUUUAUUUAUUUGGGGGGAGGUGAGUUUUCCAAGAGUUGAAUGAUGGAAACUCACAAAGAAAAAUCAGUUCCAAGUGUAAAAGAUUACCAGAUACAAGGUUCUUGGGUACCAGAAACCCCAGUAAAAGCACCAAAUAGUCAAUUUCAACCCAUAAAUGAAAAUGCAGAAUUAGAGGCAUUUUUCACCAGAUAUGCACACCAAAAUCAAAACCCCCAAAAUCUUGUAUCUUAUACAAUAACCUCUGCAAAAAAUAAUAAUUGUAUACCUUUAAUCCCUAAUCAGAAUUACCUUUGGGAUGAAGGUAGAAUAAAUUUACAAAGAGAUGAUAUAGAAAUGCAGAAAAGGGGUUUAGAGAAUUAUCUGCCUAAUUGGAAUAGUCAAGGUAGAAGAACUAAGGUUUAUUAUCCUCCAUCAAACCCUCAACAGAUUCCUUCAACAUCAGCUGCACAGCAGAAUGAUUAUCCUUACCUUAGUUCAUGGGAAUCGUCGAACUGGAAAAAUUGUGGGAAUUUGAUGGAGAAUGAUCCAUUGAAUAGUCUAUCAUUUGGUGAGCUUUUGGGUGGAAUGGGUAAUGGCUCAAUUUAUCCAGCUUGGAAUCCUAAUCUUGGUGAUGUUAGCAGCUUGAAUGGGAGCUCUAUGUAUUGUAAUCAGAACGAUUCGCAUCGAUUCAAUCAGCAGAUUAGUGAUCAACAGAUUAGGGAUAUUUUUGGAAGAGAAAUGCAAAAUUGUGCUUCUCUUCAUCCAUACCAGCAGAUUGUGAGUGAUACCAACUCUCUUCCAACCACCAAGCAUUCGAUUGCAACAAAUUCAACGUUUGUGCCUGCAACUCCUGAUUCACGGUGGAGAAUCGACAGUGAUGUGGUUCCACAAAACACACCUCACGGCACACAACAUCAUGGGCAAACAGAACAGAAUGAGUUUCAGGAACAAGAUGUUGCGGCCGCAAUGGUCAACCUUCAGAAUGGUAUUGAGGAAGUCCCAGUUCCAUUUACAGACUCGUCAUCUGGUAAAGUCUCCAUGGUAGUAGAGAAUCACAUCUCAGACAAGGGAGGCGACCAAAUUAUUGACCUGAACAAGACACCACAAAAGAAAACACGACGAAGAAGGUACCAACCAAAGGUCUUGAGCGAAAAAAAGCCUAGAAAAACUCCAAAACCUAAGACCCCCAAGCCCAAUGAACCCAAAGAAAGUACAGGAGCUAAAAGAAAGUAUGCUCGGAAGAGCAAGGUGAGCACUGAUGAAACUCCAGCAACUCCUCCAGCGGAAACAACUGAAGCAGCAGAAACUAAAUCAUCAGGAGCAGCUGAGACAGGAGAUACAAUUGAAGCAACUGAAGCUAAUAAUGUAGAACCAGCAAAAGCUGCUGCCAAAUCAUGCAAAAGAUCUUUAAACUUUGAUUUGAAUGGAGUAUCAGCAGAAAACAAUUUUGCUCCUACAAUAAAAGAAGGUCCAUGUGCAGAGCCUCCGAAUAGUCACACUGCAGGAAACCAGUACAGCAACAACAUUCAUCUUGGAGAAGAAUUAACGGUUGAAACAAGAGUGGGUAUGGCUUAUGACCUAAACCGUAACCUUACUCAGCAACUCGAAAAUUAUCUUUCGCUUCCCACAAAAGAUAACCUUGCCCAUUCACAGCCUGACCAAAAUAGCCUCUCGAAAAGAAAAGAAAAUGAUCCUCACACUUUGUCGGGAAACACUGCAGAAUUCAUUGCUCAUCUGGCACAAAGUCCCAACUCAAGUCCUUGUGCAAGUUCCAGUGAGCAACAGCAGAGAGGGAAAAAGAGGAGUAAUGCUAGCAUAACAAAUGUUGAAGCUGGAGUUGUGGCUGCUGGUCUAUGUCAGUUUUGGCAGCCAAACCAGACAUUAUCUGUAAAUGUCAAUACAGGAGAACUUCCGAAAUACCUUCUUCCAGAAAUUUGCAAGAAAAAGAGAACUGAAAAGGUACAAAAGUCACAUGUAACAAGCACAUCAUUUACUGUUGCUCCAACUGCAGAUGUCAAUCAGGUAGCUGACACCCAAAAUCUUCCAAGAGUUGAUCCCUCCACAUUGGCGUACUACUGCGGAAACCCUGGCCCAUUUGCUGUUAAUGCUGGAAUUAAUAAUAAUCAUACAAAUGUCCUUAUGGAUAACAUCCAGAACAAUUUCCAGCUUUCUAGUGCUUGGACUGAUUUGACAAGGUUAAAGAAAAAAAGAUCAAAAGGCACCAGUCGUGUACGUGAUGUGGCUCAACUGAUGGGAAUUGCACCUGUGCGUGCCAAACCAGGGCCCAAGGGUCCUCGCAAGAAGAUUGAUAUCUCAGGGCAUGCUGACGGAGAGGUAUUUGCGGUUGACAGCACUGCAAAACCAAAACCAAAAAGGAGAUCUAGAAAAGACAGUUCUGAGAACGAGCAAUGGGGUCUUGUUCUAUAUGAUGCCAACAGAGGCACCAAGAAAGCAACAGGUUCUUUUCCAGCACUACCAUGGACAAAACCAAGCUCUGUUGAAGAAAUAACCAGAAAAAUGAAGCAACUGUGCAUUGUCGAUAGAAAAAGCGGCAAAACUAGGCGUAAAAAGAAUGCAAUUGUCCCUUAUCAUGCAAAUAACCAAGAGCAGAAUGCCCUUGUUCUUUAUGAAAGAGAUGGUUCUAUAGUACCAUUUGAAGGCCCUUUUAAACCUUUAAGGAAGCGCCGUGAAAGAGCCAAGGUCGACCUUGAUGAUGAGACCAAUAAGGUGUGGAGACUGCUGCUUGAGAAUAUUGAUAAUAAAGGUGUUGAUGGAACUGACGAGGAAAAGGCAAAAUGGUGGGAAAAUGAACGAUGUGUCUUUCGUGGUCGUGUGGAUUCGUUCAUAGCACGCAUGCGUCUCGUUCAAGGAGAUAGGCGGUUCACCCCAUGGAAAGGAUCUGUUCUGGACUCUGUUAUUGGAGUUUUCCUUACUCAGAAUGUGUCGGACCAUCUCUCGAGUUCUGCUUUCAUGUCACUCGCUGCUCGUUUUCCUCUCAAGUCAGAAGGCAGUGAAAGUACACUCUCAGAAGAAUCAACAACGGCUCUGGUAGUAGAACCCGAUAUUUGUAUAAUUGAACGUGCAGAAAGCAUUUUUUGGAAUGAGAAGCCUGUAGAUCAACAAGUAUUGAGUAGGAAUUCUAGGAGAAUCAAUGACAUUGACCAUAGUGAAGAAAAGGAAGUAGUCAAUAGUAAAGAACUAGCUGCAAGAGCACCUGGUUUGGGUAGCCUGAAGGAUGACUUUAGUGAAAGCAGUCAAAAAGCCUCCAAUAACUCGGUAGUUAGUAAUGCAAAUAGUCAGACUACAGAGUCAGAAGCAGCAAGCGUUUUAGGAGACGAUAGAGCAAAAGAUGAUACAACUUUGUCUCAGCAACCAAUAAUAUCAUCCCAAAAUUCUACGAACUCUCCAAAUCUGCAGCAAAUUGGGAUGUCAAACCUUUUUUCGGAGAGUGACUCAAGAACACAGCUAUUGACAACUAGUACCCAGUCCAGUUAUUUUGAUUCCAACUCUUUUCUGGGACUGCUUAAGAUGGCAGAGAAUCUCUUGUCACAUGAAUCUUACGGUCAAACUCAAAAUGAUCCACUGGAUUGCACGAAUCAUGUAACAGCAGGUUCUCCAGAAUCAAAAGGAGUGUACUCAAGCAACUACUUGUUUAAUCUAGAUUGUCAACUGCCGGAUAUCAAGGGCAUUGAAAUGCUAGAAGUAGACAGCAAGACUUCUGAUACUUCAAAAAAAGAUGAGAAUUGCACACCAACAGAACAAAGCAAUAUCACUAUUCAAUCAACAUUGCAAAAUCAUGUGCAGGAGAAAAGUUCAGAUAGCAUUGCUGGCAAUACAUCCUCCUGCUAUGUGCUCGACGGUGAGAAAAUGAUUAUGCACUCACAAUCAGUGCAAGGACCAUCAGGCACUGUCGCUUCAUCUGUCAAUAGACAAAUGAGUUCCGAUUGGAAAAGUCCAAAUUUGACAAAUUAUAGUUUGUCCCAUGUAACUGCUGAUGUGACAGAAAGUACUGUAGAAUUGAAAAGGGAAAGCCAUGACAGAAAAGAAGUUGAGAAAAUAUCAGCACAAGUCCAUACAUCAGAUGGCAUUUCAGAUUUAAUAGAUGCAAAUGCCAACAAAACAAAGAAAGGAAAAGCUGGAAAGGGAAAGGCUGAUGCAUUCGACUGGGACAGUUUGCGAAGAGAGGCACAAGCCAAUGGUAAAAUUAGAGAAAAUACUGCCAAUACAAGGGACUCACUAGACUGGGAGGCGGUAAGACAUGCUCAUGUGAGCCAGAUUGCUGAAACCAUUAAAGAGAGAGGCAUGAACAACAUGCUCGCAGAACGAAUAAAGGCCCUACUGGACAGACUGGUCAAGGAGCAUGGCAGUAUUAACAUGGAGUGGUUGAGGGAUAUUCCACCGGACAAAGCAAAAGAAUACCUAUUAAGCUUCAGAGGGUUGGGAUUGAAGAGUGUCGAAUGUGUGAGGCUUUUGACACUGCACCAUCUUGCAUUUCCAGUUGACACCAAUGUUGGACGUAUUGCUGUACGCCUUGGAUGGGUUCCCCUUCAACCCUUACCAGAGUCACUUCAACUGCAUCUCUUAGAAAUGUACCCAAUAUUGGAGUCCAUCCAAAAGUACUUGUGGCCACGGUUAUGCAAGCUUGAUCAAAAGACAUUGUAUGAGUUGCACUAUCAUUUGAUCACGUUCGGGAAGGUGUUUUGCACCAAAAGGCAGCCCAAUUGCAAUGCUUGUCCCCUGAGAGGAGAAUGCAGGCAUUUUGCUAGUGCAUUUGCAAGUGCUAGAUUUGCCCUUCCAGGAACAGAAGAAAAAGGCAUUGUGCCUUCAAAUGGGGGAGCUUCAACCAAUGCAGACCCUCUAGCAAGGAUCGAUCUUUUGCCAUUGCCUCCUCCUUUGAGCAACUUGCAUUCACAUAGAAACCCUACAUGUGUUGAUGUGCCUAGAAUAGAAUCUCCAUGUUCCCCACUGGCACUCCCCUUGGCACAGACUAUCAAUCAUUUGGAGGGGCAAUAUAAAGUUAUCAACUGUGAACCAAUUGUGGAAGUUCCAGCAUCACCAGAACAAGAACCAGAGCAGGAACAAACAUUAUGUGACAUUGAAGAUACAUUGUACGAGGAUCCUGAUGAGAUCCCAACAAUCCAGCUCAACAUGAAAGAAUUCUCUCAAACUCUACAGAAUUAUAUGAAUGGAACGUCAAAUGCCUUGGUGGCUUUGACACCUGAAGCCGCUUCCCUUCCAACACCAAAGCUCAAGAACAUAAGCAGGCUGAGAACUGAACAUCAUGUCUAUGAACUUCCAGACACACACCCAUUGCUAAAAGGAAUGGACAAAAGAGAACCUGAUGAUCCGUGCUCAUACCUGCUCGCAAUAUGGACCCCAGGUGAGACCCCAGAAUCUAUUCAACCUCCUGAGCGAAGAUGCAACUCCGAAGACCCCAGCAUGCUUUGCAAUGAUGAGACAUGUUCUUAUUGCAACAGUUUGCGGGAAGCAAACUCUCAGAUUGUACGUGGAACACUGCUGAUACCAUGCAGAACUGCAAUGAGAGGCAGCUUCCCACUAAAUGGAACAUAUUUCCAAGUUAAUGAGGUCUUUGCUGACCAUAACUCCAGCCUCAGCCCAAUUGCAGUUCCGAGAUCUUGGUUGUGGAACCUUCCAAGACGAACAGUUUACUUCGGAACUUCAAUACCAACCAUAUUUAGAGGUCUGAACACUGAAGAUAUUCAACAUUGCUUCUGGAGAGGAUUUGUUUGUGUAAGGGGAUUCGACCAAAAAACAAGAGCACCUCGUCCACUCAUGGCCAGAUUGCAUUUUCCAGCUAGCAGGAUGACUAAAGGGGCAAAAGGUAGGACAUAUGAUGAUGAGUAAGUGACCAUGUAUUGGUUUCUGAAAUCUCUAAAAUGGCAAUGAAUUAUAGAAGAAAAGUAGUAUCUUCUAAAAUUAGGAAAUGUAUGAAAUAUGAAAUUAUUGACCGUGUACAUCAAUUACAAAGAUUGUAGGCAAAUUUUUAUUCAUGCUCGAAUUGAGCAAGUUUUCUGAAGCCAGGAAAA